AUGUUCAUCCAAAACGAACACGUCGGCGACAGAUCCCGUAUGGAGGAUUGGAGAAUUCGUGGUUACGACCCUUUAUCUCCCCCAGACUUGUUACAACAUGAGUUCCCACUUUCCGACAAGUGUAAAGACAUCAUCUUGAAAGGUAGAGAGGACGCUUGUAACAUAUUGAAUGGUAAAGAUGACAGGCUCAUCGUUGUCAUUGGUCCUUGCUCGAUCCAUGACCCAAAAGCAGCUCUCGACUACGCUGACAGAUUGCAGAAGCUCGCUGAAAAGCACAAGGGAGAGCUUCAUAUUGUCAUGAGAGCCUACCUUGAGAAGCCCAGAACUACCGUGGGCUGGAAGGGUUUGAUUAACGACCCCGAUAUCGACGGUUCUUUCCAGAUCAACAAGGGUCUCAGGAUCGCCAGAAACAUGUUCGUCGAGUUGACUGAGAAGUUGCCCAUUGCCGGUGAGAUGUUGGACACCAUCUCCCCACAAUUCUUGUCUGAUUUGUUCAGUGUCGGUGCCAUCGGUGCCAGAACCACCGAGUCGCAGUUGCACAGAGAAUUGGCUUCCGGUUUGUCAUUCCCUGUCGGGUUCAAGAAUGGUACUGACGGUACUCUCGGUGUUGCCAUUGACGCCUUGAGAGCUGCGUCGCAUCCACACCACUUCCUAAGUGUUACGAAACCAGGUAUCGUUCUGAUCGUGGGCACCGAAGGUAACAAAGAUUGCUUCGUUAUUUUGAGAGGUGGUAAACAUGGCACGAAUUACGAUGCCAAGUCCGUCCAGGACACGAAAGACGCUUUGGCCAAGGCCAAGGUCGUGAACCCAGACAGUCCUAGUGCCAGAAUCAUGGUUGACUGUUCACACGGAAACUCCAACAAGAACCACAAAAACCAGCCCCUUGUGGCCGCUGAGGUGGCUAGACAGAUCUCCGAGGGUGAGGACCAGAUUUGUGGUUUGAUGGUUGAGUCCAACAUUGUUGAGGGCAGACAAGACGUGCCACCCGCUGAGCAAGGUGGAAAGGACGCUUUGAAAUACGGUUGCUCCAUCACCGAUGCCUGCAUUGGUUUCGACGACACGGAAUUCUUGUUGCAGACGUUGGCUGAUGCCAUCAAGACCAGAAGAGAUUCAAAGAAAUAG